AUAAAAGAACGCAGCCUGCCCACCUGUCUCCUUCAAACUCUCAUUCUCAUCCAACACUGCAGAUCAUCUCCAACCCCUCGUCCUGCUCCUGUGACAGAGAGAGAGAGACGCCAACAUGAUCCUGCCUCUCCUUCUGUUCGCCCUGACCCUGGGUGCUGUGUCUCCUUCAGAUGGACCUGAGGUCAAGCUGCAGCGUGGAAACUGUCCCAUGUUCUGGUUCAGCUUCAGCAACCGCUGCUACAAGUACGUGUCCACACAAAUGACCUGGGCUGCUGCAGAGCUCUAUUGUGUGAAAGAGGGAGCCAACCUGGUGUCUGUCCACAGUCUGGAUGAAGAUAAUUUCGUCAGAUCCCUGAUCAGGAACUUUGAUCAUGCUGAAGGAAGAACCUGGAUUGGACUCAGCGACCUCCAUCUAGAAGACAGCUGGAUGUGGUCUGAUGGUUCUGCAGUGGACUUUACCUUUUGGUCCUCAGGAGAGCCAGAUAACAGUCAAGAAGGAGAACACUGUGGUCAUAACAAUUAUAGCAACGAUAAGAAAUGGAAUGAUUAUAAUUGUAGUGACAAUUAUCCUUCUGUUUGUGCAUCUCGCAUAAUGUGUUCUCAGUGAUUGUUAAGUCUGAUUUAACCUGGUCACUGAUCACCGGAUGCUUGUUGAAAUGAAAUAGUCCUCAGCAAUAAAGAUACAAAUGCACACUC